CCGCUUUCUCUCUCAUCAGAGCACCCCUUCUCUCUCUAGAAACCGCUUUUCUGCAUUUGGGUAGUCCUGGUUCGCCCCCACAAAACCGCUUCUCUCUUGUGAAGUGGUUUCUCUCUCUGUAAAACUGUCAAUUGAGGGGCUGAGAGAUGUUUUCCUGCUUCAAGUUCAGGAAACAGGGCACCUCCAAUAGAGGGGAGAGUAGCCAACCAGAGAUUCCAGACCCUCUUCUAUGGCAGAAAGAGCUCUGUUCCCAUUCAAUUGGGGAGUUCUCCAUUGGUAUUGUUCAAGCGAACCAGUACUUAGAAGACCAGGUACUGGUUGAUACCUGGAAGAAUGCUCUCUUUGUCGGUGUUUUCGAUGGUCACGGUGGUGAUGUAGCGGCUCAUUUCGUUGCUGAUAAUCUUUUGCUCCACCUCAUUAGGUUUGUAAAGGAAAGAGGAGGAACAAUAUGCGAAGAUAUAAUAACGAGAGCCUUUAUGGCCACUGAUGACGGUUAUUUUACACAUGCGCGAAAUACACGGGAUGCAAAUCCAACGAUUUCAGCAAAUGGAUCAUGUUGUCUGGUUGGAAUAUUCUGGGAUGGGAUGUUAUAUGUUGCUAAUGCCGGGGAUUCAAGAGCAAUUGUUGCGUUUUCAAGCGGACCAAACAAAUUCAUCACGGAGCAAUUGACUCAGGAGCAUAAUGCAAAAUAUGAGGACAUAAGGAGAGAGAUGUUCCAACUCCAUCCUGAUGAUAGCCAAAUUGUUAUUUAUAAGAAUGGGGCAUGGCGAGUCAAAGGAAUUGCUCAGGUCACAAGAUCCAUUGGUGAUCUAUAUCUGAAGAGUCACGAAUUUGCCAUGGGCCCUUCUUACCCACGAUUCCACCUUGCUGAACCCCUCAGCAAGGCUGCAUUAUCAGCUGAGCCUACAAUUCUAACAAGGCCCUUAAAGCCUGAAGACAGGUUCUUUAUUUUUGCAUCUGAUGGUCUAUGGGAGCAACUCUCCAAUGAAGAAGCUGCUGAACUUGUGUUCAACAAUCCAAGGCAGGGAAUAGCAAAGAGGCUUGUCAUGCAAGCUAUCGAGGUGGCAGCUAGGAAGAGGGCGACAGACUACUCCAACCUGAAAACAAUUCAACCUGGCUCCAGGCGUCAUUUCCACGAUGACAUCAGUGUUGUAGUUGUAUUUGUGGAUCAUGAACUGGUUGAUAGGCUUCCCAACCAGUCAACCAGGGCAGUCUCAAUAAGGGGUUUUGUCAAUAAUGAAUGGCCUUCACUCUUCUCUCUCUUGGAAAAUGAAACAGAGGACGUGCGCACAGGCAUCUCGAUUGAGGGUGCAGGAAGCAGCUCCUGAACAUCAAUGUGGCAGUUGCAGCACUUGAGAAGAAUCAUUCGAGAAUUUUUUCUCUCUGUUUUCUCCCCCUUCACUUCAGUAUCGUCCAAAUUGGAUGGCAUUGGCUGCACACAUGUUGCAAUUCUUAUCAAGGUUCAGACUUGAUUUUUUGCAGAGAGACCUUAGCUGGUAAAAGAGAGGCUUUUGGCAGGAAACAGUUCUACUAAUGGCAAUGCUAAGGAGGCGUAAUUAGCUCAGGUCUGCUUUUUGGAGUGCGAAUUCAUUGUAAAGAGGCAUUCUUUUUCCCCGUUUUUUCUUUUACCUUCUUUUAUUCUUUACAACUUUGAUCUCAUUCAUCUGAAUCAUCUGAUUCUCUAAUUCAUCUUCUUCAUUUUA